AUGAAAAUAAUUAUUCUAAAACUAUUUAUGCUAUUGAUAGCCGCCUCGGAGAGCGCCAGCAACAAGAGACUUCUUGGAAAUCCUGGCUUCGAUAGCGCUGACGCCUGGGAAUCUGGGUAUCUGCCUUGCGCUCUUGAAGAAAUCAUUUUCCCAGAAACCUAUCCAGCUGUGCUGCCACUUCCAGCCAAAGUAGACAUAAGUGGAUUUGUAUUGCCACGCGACGGUGCCAUUCUACUCAACGAUGAGUCAACUAUCACGUUUGGCGGAGAAUUGCAGCAGCGAGAAUGUGAAAAUGGACGCAGUCGCCGUGCGUAUUUGAAAACUCCCAUAACAAGGAAGUGGUAUGAUCCAAGCAGCUGGGUAAGUCCUUCGCAGGACGUCCAAAAUACCGCCACACCUCACUUCGAACGUGUGCCGUGCGACAAUGAGACCGUUGUAAUGCCGCGUACUGGACCGAUUUCCGUUGAUUUAGAGAAUUUCGCUUAUUUAAGGAUGGGUCAUCUGAAUUUGGCAGGUUCACUGAUAUCGAGUAACUACUUGAAUUAUUUAUUACAUACUGAUAUUGGGCAGCUGCUGUUCAAAAACAGUCUGGAUACAACGGCUCAGUACUAUCACCAAGAUACCUGCGGUUGUCACAUGGAUUCGUUAAUGUUCUCUGAGCCCAUUUGUAAGAAUGUGCUUGAAACGUGCGAGCGACCGCAUUGUCUAGUGCCGGUAACGCCCCUUGCCAGCUGCUGUCCGAUUUGUGGUUCUGUAUUGUCCUUCAAAAUGGAGUACUGCAGCGAGAUGAAUUUAAAUAAGUUGCGCAAAGUGAUUGCAGGUGCUAUUAAGGAGCAGGAACUCACGGCCGAUUUGGAUUAUCACAUUAACUACGUAAACGCGGAACCAUAUGGACAUUUUUUGGAGGCGAUUAUCGUCGAUCGCAAUGGGUACAGCGAAAAAAGCGUGAAGUUUGUAACGCAAUUAAAUGCAAGCAACGAAUGGAAAAAACUUUUCGAAGAGCCACACCAAUUAGAAAUUAUAAUAUCUGGUCGCCCGUACAAUCCGAACAUAACAAUUGGCUCCAUGCUGCUCAUCAUUCUAUGUCUGAUGUUUGUCUCGGUGGUUGCGCUGGUGAUUUUCGCACACUAUGCGCCCGAUCAUCGUUAUCUGCGCUACGUGCCACAGUGGGUUUAUGAUCCCCGUCGAUGGCGUGCAUUCCUGCUACGGUCCACCGUAAUGUUUGCGCGCUUUGAUAAUGUUACAUCUGGUGGUGUAGAGGCAGACGUGACAGAUGGCAUCGUUAUGGGUUACGAUGCCGAAAGCGGGCAGGUGAGAGAGCGCGCCUUCGACAAUCCGAUGUUUGGCGAGAAACUUACAAAUACUGGUGAAGCGAAAUCCUCAACCUCUUCUGGCGUAUCACCUGGGACCACUUCAACAACGGCUGUCAUUUCUGUUGGCUUGCCAAAAGCUAAAGAACAAAAGGUGGCAAUGAAGUCAAGUGGUAAUAAAUUAGAAAGUGUAACACUGGUCGAUGCCAUGGAAGGUAGUGACGUCGAGGAGGAACAAGAAUUGGCGGAGAUUACACUUGAGGACUCAUCGGGCGGCGAUAGUGACGAGGAGGAGGAAACAAAGGAGUAGCGAAACGAACAUUUUAAAAUAUAUUUAUAUGUAUGCAUGUCAUAAAUGAGGCCAGCG